GGCAGUUCCUGACUGUGAGUCAUCUCUGGUGCCCGGGCUGACACUCUCAAAGUUGGUCCUAAAAGAAGCGGUUUCUCUUUACUUUCUUGCAUGUUUUUUCCUUUCAGACUCAAUGUAUUUUUAUAGUUUUCCCUGAGAUAUCUCUCUACACGAUGCCUGUUAUGGAGUAUGAGGGCUGAGACACAUCGUGGCCUCAGGACACCACCAGAGCUCUGGAUCAUCUUUUUAUAAAACUGCUUCAGUUCAGCUCUCACUGAAGAUCCCAACAUGGCUGCUGCUGCCCUGGUCGCAGAGAACUUUAAGUUUGUGUCCCUCUUCUUCAAGAGUAAAGAUGUGAUGAUCUUUAACGGUCUGAUCGCUCUGGGCACCGUAGCCAGCCAGACCGCCUACAACGUGUUUGCCUUUAAUUGUCCAUGUUCCUCUGGGAGAAACUACCGCUACGGCCUGGCUGCCAUUGGCGUUCCUGCUCUAGCUCUUUUUCUUGUGGGAAUAAUGUUGAACAAAAGCACCUGGGAUGUAGUGUCUGAAUGCCGGCUCAGAAAGUGCCGGAAGCUGUCAGGAGCUGCAGGCUUUGCUCUGCUGGGAACCAUCUUCGGUCAGGCUGUGGUCGCUCCUCUUACCUGGGUGGUGAUCUCUCUGCUGCAGGGUGAGGCGUACACGUGUGCCCUCAGUGAGUUUGUGAACUCCACCACGGCGGAGGGCUUCCCCACAGUCAAAGGGUCAGAGGUCAUGGCAAAACUGCCAUGUAAAGGAAGUGUUUCAGAGGAACUGCAGGGCUUCAGGGCUGAGAUCGAACGUCUACUGAAAUAUGAAUCACAGUUAAUAGGCUGGCUGUUGGUGGCAGGAAUGUCUCUGGCUGUUUUCCUCAUGCUGUGUAUGAAGCGGUGCUCUUCUCCACUGGGCUACCAACAAGAGGACUACUGGCACCUGUACCGAUCUCAAGAAAAGAGCCUCUUCCAGCGCACCGCAGAAGUCCAUGCUCGUCUUCUGGCUGCAGAGAACAUUAAGAGCUUCUUUGGUUUUGCAGUUUUCAGUAAGGAGGAGAAGGAGCAGCUGGCUGAAUAUCAGAAUGCCAGUCCUAUCUGCAGCACGAACUGGAACCGAGUGACCGGAGUCUACCUCUACAGGGAGAAGAAGGGGCUGCCUCUGUACAGCAGGCUCAACAAAUGGGCCACGUAUGACCUGGAGAACAACGCAGAGGCCAUGGACAAAGAGAUGGAGACGUACAGCUGACGUUCAGAGACAGAGGUAGGCUUCCUGGAGAACGAGGGAGAGAGGCUGCCAACGUCAGAGAGAAAUGAAAAGACUCUGAAUGUCUGAAUGGCAUUACAUGUGCAGAAAUGCACUGGGAACUAUUUAGGCUUUUUAAAGUAAUGCUAUUGGCCACUUGCAGGUAAACUACCAUAACGUCACUCACCUGUGGACCACAGAGGUGUCGGUGAUGAUUUUAGCCUACUAGGCAUUUUGUUUGAUAAUUACAUUCUAGUUGUACUGAAGAGCAUCAAUGAAACAGAGAAAUGUAAUAGAAAGAGUCUGCCCUCUAAUAACACAACUGUAGAUCUUCUUAAAAAUGCUUCAUUCAGGAACAAGCAGAGUAAUGAGUGCAACUCUAGUUAAAGGCUGCUCAGACUACACCAAGUCAGCCUGAUUUUAGACCAACUGCAACGUCGCAGCCCAUAGUCAAAUCAUGACCUUAAAGUCUAACAUAAUAAACACAUCGGAGACGCCCCACAACCACGACUCGACAAGACCAGCAUGUCAGAAAUGUUCUUACACCAUCGUCUAGUCUGACCUGACGCCAACAACCUGAAUCCUGACGUCUACCAACAGGAGAGCAUCGGUUCUUUUUUUCCAUCAUCAUUUACCAGAGUCCCGUAUUUUCUCCUGCUGGGAGACUAAUCUGUACAUUUUAUUUUAUUCAUUUAUGCUAUCACAUGCAGACUUUCAGUUCUGUCUGAAGGAGAGCCCGCCCUCAUUGUCCUCCUCUAGAAACAUCCAGAACUGUUAUCAAUAACCCAGUCCAUAACUGUUUCUUGUUUUCUCCUCUAAAAGCCUAAGACCGCUGCAGUCACAGAGCACUUCUGUUGUAGAGUGAUCGACACUCUGAGACCGCCCCGACAGUCUUAAUACAGUAAAGUGCCUCUACUGUAGGUAGUAAGUGUUAACUUGUCUCCCCUUUAACAGACCAAUAGUAGUAAAGUAAAUCAUUAUUUUAAAAAAAUCUAAUUAUUUUAUCAGAAAUGUUUGUCAGAUUUUAGACCAAUGGCAGACUCAGGUGCUCUUUGGAUUAUUUUUCAGCCCCGAAACAUCCUGGAAGCCUUUUUUAGAGUGUAUUUAACACACAUUUGACUCAGUGAGCUGAUUCACCUCCAAGGAUGCUCUCAGUCAGAGAAACUUGCACAGACUGGACUGACAGAGGCCUUUCUUCAAACACGGGCAGUCGUGUUAAAGCAUACGUAGAUGUAAACACCAACACUUCUACGUCUAGCUUUCUACUGAAAUGCUGCAAAGACACCAGCAUGCAACGCUGCUAACGCCUCAUUAUUCAGGUUUUCUGUUGCAGAGAAACAAUGUCUAAUGCUUUAGAGCAGCCAUUAUGCAUGGCUGUGUUCAAACACCUUCAGGUACAGUGGGGUCCCCAGUCCCUGGAACCUUUAUUUUGGGGGUGGUGGGCUGAAAAGGUUGAGAACCCCUGCCUUAGAGGUCUCAAACUGAGCUUGAUCAGUGUUCCUUAUACAAAGAGUCUCCUGUCUGGACACGAGUCUUUGUUUAUCACUAUUAUUAGCACUGGUAUCCCAUAACUACUGUGCCCCCAUGUCCCGUCUGGGCUGGGACAGGACACACACUGACACCAGAUGCAGAAGGUCAGGUUAUGAGUUUAUGAGCAGGAAGCUCCUUUUUGAAAAUGUUUUCAUUUAAGUUUCCUCUUCUGCUUAUAGAAAUACAGAGCUUAACAAAUGUAUUAGAGCACCCUAACCCUAACCAAAGUCAGGUUUCUGCCACAGCUGCCCUAAAUUAACAGCAUUGGU